GCCUGGCCCUCUGGUGACGUCACGGCGAGGGCGACGGGAGCUCCGGAGAGGCGGAAGAGGAAAACAGCCCCCCGCAAAAACCGUUGUCUUCCUUCUUGAAGAGAUGCCCAAGGUGAAAAGGAGCAGAAAACCACCUCCAGAUGGCUGGGAAUUGAUUGAACCAACCUUAGAUGAACUGGAUCAAAAAAUGAGAGAAGCUGAGACUGAGCCACAUGAAGGAAAAAGAAAAGUGGAAUCUCUUUGGCCCAUCUUCAGAAUUCAUCAUCAGAAAACACGCUAUAUUUUUGAUCUCUUCUACAAAAGGAAAGCCAUUAGCAGAGAAUUAUAUGAAUAUUGUAUCAGAGAAGGAUACGCAGACAAAAACUUGAUUGCAAAAUGGAAGAAACAAGGAUAUGAAAACCUCUGUUGCUUACGCUGCAUCCAGACCCGCGAUACCAAUUUUGGAACCAAUUGCAUUUGUAGAGUGCCCAAAAGUAAACUGGAAGUGGGGAGAAUAAUUGAGUGUACUCACUGUGGCUGUCGGGGCUGCUCUGGAUGAAAACGUUCUUCAAAAGAGACCCCAACUUUUUGGAGGUUUGAAGUGACUGUUACCAUCAAGGACUGCUCACAAGAACUAUUUUUUUCACAACCUGCUGUCGAGAUGACUCCCUUUGUAUCCCGUGAUGGAAUAAUUAAAUGUGUAAAUCCAGUAAUGUGUUUUCAUGUCCUGUAUUGUCAUUGUAUUUUAAAAUAAAGUCUUGCCUACUUCUCCC